AUGCCCUCAGCCUUCCGCCGUCUCGCAGCAGACCACCACUCCCUCCACGACGAGCUCCCCCCAAACUACCUCUUUCCACCCGACGACUCCUCCGACGACCUAACCCAACUCUCCAUCCUCCUCGCUGGCCCCCAGGGCACACCGUAUAUGCGGGGAUUAUGGCGAUUACAUCUGAAAAUACCAGAGGAUUACCCUAAGAGUCCGCCAAAGGCAACGUUCCGGACGAGGAUCUGGCAUCCGAAUGUAGAGGAGACGACGGGGGCGGUCUGUGUGGAUACGCUGAAGAGGGAUUGGAAGCCGGAGUUGACAUUGAGGGAUGUUUUGAUUACGAUAUCGUGUUUGCUGAUUUAUCCGAAUCCGGACUCUGCGCUGAAUUCGGCGGCUGGCGCGCUGCAGCAAGAAGACUAUGAGGCCUUUGCGCGCCAGGCUAAGGUCAUGACAUCGAUACACGCGCCGGUUCCCGCGGAUAUGAAAAAUGCAGUGAUGGAGGCGAAAUUAAGAGGCGAGGAUGCCGGGACAGUCAUUCAAGAACAACAAGAGGAUUCGCGCGCACUGCGCUCACGAAAAGGGACAAAGGUGCAAUCCGUGACGAUGAAAAGGAAGGGCAACACUCCACAACCGCAACCAACACAACCCUUACCAGCCCCGACCACCGACCAAGACGAAAUCAUGACAUCCUCCGACGCCGAAAAUGAAAACGACGAAAACAACACCUCCACCGCCAGCAAAGAAAACGACCCCUCCCUCUCCCCCAUCAAAUUCGCACCCCCAAGUCCGCGCAAAAACGUCCACGGCAAACGCCCCCUCUCGGUCCUCACAAUGCCCUUAGACCACGCCCACACCCCCUUUAACGACCAACCCUCGCCCCCAACAACAAUAAUGGACACAGACGAAGACGGAAAUGGCAUGAUGAUGACUGCAUCGGAGAAAAACAUCGCCGCCAACCAUCAAGACUCAAUAUCAGAAGAAGACGAAAACCGGGGAGACGCGUCUUCGCGACGAAAAUCACCCAAACUUUCCACCCUAAACAAAGGCGUGAAUACCUCGGGCCGCAUCCGCGACGACAUCUUCGAAGAUACACCCCCAACACCAUCAACAAACCACCGCUGUACCAAAACAACCGGGAAAGAGAACCACGACUACGAUACCGUCGCUGAUACGAACAAGGAUCUUGGUAAAGCGGCGCGGAGGAAUUAUUACAGCGGCGCUAAUGCGGCUACGAACCCUAAUCCUAACACCCAUCCUAUUCCUACAUUAUCAUCUGCCUCUUCGUCUGGGUCUGCUUCUCUUUCUGUUUCCCCGGCUACCGCUCCGACCAGAUUGAAGGGGGCCAAGGCUAAAGGUGCUACGCGGUCCGUCUCCGGGACUAGGAAGGUGUCUAAGCCGCGGAUCGGACUUCGAAGAUUAUAA